AUGGACGCCACGGCUGAGGAGGAAGCGCAUGGCGGAACGAUUAACAUGCCCAAAAAAGAAACCGAUGUGGAGCGUUCUCCUCGCCCGCAGGUCGGUGUAGACGAGCCUGCAGGCGUGGAUGGCUCGGCGGCUUGGUGGUCUAAAUCGGCAGAAGCGUUCGACGACAAGGGCGUGGUGGUAUACGAAGGAUCUUGA